AUGGUUACCAUAAAAUUAGAGGAAGCAUUUAAGCUUAUACCUAUGUGUACGGGAGAAGACGAUAUCUAUCCGUUCAUAAAUGCAUGUGAUAUGGCAGUAAAUUUGGUUGAAGAAAAAUGCGCGCCGACUUUAGUAUAUAUAACAACUAGGUUAUCUGGUAGAGCACUAGAAAUGAUAAAAUAUAAAAAUGUUACUAAAUGGGUAUACAUUAAGAGUUAUUUGAUGGAUGCUUUUGAAGAUACGACAACCGCUUCAAGUUUGCAGAUACAAUUAAAUUCCAUUAAGAUGCGUCAUGGUGAAGACGUCAAUGAUUAUUGCCAUAGAGUAGAAAAAUUGUAUUAUAAAUUUUGUAGUGCGUGUACGCUUAAUAAAGAGGAAUCAGAAGCAAAAGUAAUUCACGAAACUUUAAAAGAACAAACACUGAAUAUUUUUAUAAAAGGAUUAAUAAGUCCUAUAAGAACAAUUGUAAAGGCACGAAAUCCUAAAACAUUAGAGGUAGCUAAGCAAUUGGCAAAAGCAGAAGAAGUAGAAUAUAAUUCAGAAAGAGAAAAUAACAGAUACAGGAACGAUUUUAAUUAA